AUGGCUUUCUUUGAUAUGUGUUUGAUCGUUAUCUACAAUGCAACAAGUCGAGAUCCGAUCGAUCAGAAAGGUGUCGUGUACGCAUUGUUGUCUAAAAAGAUUGAUCCUAGAUCACUACCAAAAGAUAAGAGCUUGAAACAACAACAGCAACAGCUUCAACACCAACAACAACAACAUAACAACAAGCAACAACGUACACACAAAAAGUCAUUCUACUUUACCUCUUCGACAAACGAGCCAAUCGACUAUUCCAUCAGCAACACUCCACCAACAUCUAUUGAGACUUGCAAAUGGAUCAAUUUCAUCACAAAGAGAGUAUUGUCAGAGAUUAAUCAUUCACAACAAUACUCUAGACAUAUUCAUGAACUUUUAAAUAGCAUUGCAGAAGAUGAAUCAAAACCAGAUUAUAUUGGUAAAUUAUCAUUCUCUGAUAUAAACAUUGGUACUACAACACCAGAGAUUGGUACUAUUAGACUUGUAUCACCAGUAAAUGCAUCGGUCAAUGUUAUUGAAUUCGAUUUAAUCUACUCGGGUGAUGCCUCUAUCACUGCUUCCACAGAGUUAUGGCUCAAUUGGCCACAAAAACAUACAGCUUGUCUUCCUGUAAAGACUAAAAUAUCGAUUAAACAAUUCUCUGGAAAUUUUGUUUUAUAUUUACCAAAUCAUACCAAUCCAUUAUGUUCAUUGUAUUUGAAAGAAUCACCAUCUUUGACUUUACGUAUGGUAACCAAGAUGGGUCACGAAACAGUAUUAAAGGAACCAGGAAAAAUUGGUCAAUUUAUUCAAAACUUUAUCGUCAAGACUUUGAAUUCAAAGGUCGUCAAUCCAAAUCGUAUAUCCUUCCCACUAUUUAAUUUCCUUCAUCCUGCAGUAUCCAAUUCUGCACUAUCUCUUACUUCUUCUAUCAUUCAUCCAAAGGAACAACAACAAUCAAAUUCAACCUCAUCCAACAACAAUACAACAUCGUCAUCGACUUUACAACCCAAUUCAACAUCAUCUACACCAUUAUCAUUGUCGUCGCCUGUCACGGGCUCUAUUAAGCAAUCUGUUUCGAAUGGAUCUAUUGUUUCACUUGCCGGUUUAAAUGGUAGCAAUAGCGCUGUUGCUGCUGGCUCCUCUAUGAUUUUACCAUCACAAAAGAAGGGAAUUAAGCAUAGAAAACCUCACCACCAUUCAGGUGGUGGUGUUCCAACCAGUGGUGGUAGCACCAAUGGAGGUAGUGCAUCGAGUACUCCAUCACUCUCAAGCAGCAAUGGUACCAUUGCACACUCUUCUGGUUUGUCCUCUUCGUCAUCCAUUUCUGCUCCUGCCUCGACUCAAACAUCACCAACAUCUUCACCUGCAAUUGGCAACCAUAUCACCUCUUCCUCUUCUUUGACAACUCCUUUAAAUUUACCUCCAUCUACAAAUAUUUAA